AUGACCCUGCUAUUCAAUUUACAGACAAUCCUGACAAUCAUCCUUAUUGCCGGCCUCUCGGUCCAAUGUGGUGCACUGCUCGCAAAGCGCAGUUUCUGUGGUACAGCAGCGCCUGAUGAGUCUCUCAGGGCAGAGCACAGGAGGUUAAACGAUGUAUACUCACAGCAGGACACUUCCAAAGAGAGCAACCGAGAGGCUGUGACCUCAAUUGAAAUCGAGACAUGGUUUCAUAUCGUAAGCAGCAAGGCAGCGGCAAACACGGUAUCAGACGAGAUGAUCACCAGUCAGCUUUCAUAUCUUCAAGAAGCGUACCAAAGCGCAACUAUAACAUAUCGACUGAAGGGUGUCACUCGCCAUGUGAACGAUUCGUGGGCUCGCAAUGAUGAUGAGCUAGGAAUGAAGAAUGCUUUACGAAUGGGAAACUACAGUACUCUGAAUGUCUAUUUCCAAACCGACCUUCAGGCUUCGUCAGAUGGGGGGUCCAGAGCUAGCCCCGAGGACGCUGAUUCACGGACAGAUGUAUCUGACCAGUCGUCCAAUGUUCUCGGCUUCUGUACUUUGCCCGAUCCCAGUGUGAAUGCCAGCAGUCCUCGCUCUAGUUACAUUAAAGAUGGCUGUAAUGUACUCGCGAAGACGAUGCCCGGCGGUAGUCUAGCGCAAUAUAACCAAGGCGGCACCGCGGUUCAUGAGAUUGGACAUUGGAAUGGGCUGCUGCAUACAUUUGAGGGCGAAUCAUGCUCUCCUGAUAAUGAGGGUGAUUAUAUCGAUGACACACCCGAGCAAUCUGAACCUACAAGCGGGUGUCCCACCGAGAAAGACUCGUGUCCGGAUCUGCCUGGGCUUGAUGCGAUACAUAAUUUCAUGGAUUAUUCGUCUGAUGACUGCUAUGAAAACUUUACGCCCGAUCAAGCGCAGAGGAUGAGAAGUAUGUGGGCUGCGAUGCGGGAAGGAAAAUGA